GGGAGAGGGAGAGGGAGAGGCAGACCAGUGGAGGAAGUGAGAGGGAGAGAAGCAGAGGUAGAGACCGAGCGAGAGAAAGGAUUCCAUAUGAACCAGCCAGGUCCAAAUAUUCUCACGCAGGAAUAGUCUUUAGUCCGGAAUACAGCGUCCUAUCCCAUUCCCCGUCCUUAUCCUGGAGUAGCCAGCGAGGACCAGAAUCCCCUGGGGAACACCGGCGUUCCCGGUCCUCCGACAGCCUCUCUUCCUCCAGCUCCCUGUCCCAUCUCUCUGCAGACAGACAACAUUCCCGGCGUUCCCAACGCUCCGACAAGCCAGGAGGGAAGAGGAAGUAUAAAACGCGGCAUCUGGAAGACCCUUCCUGGGAGCCAUCCAGCUCCGCAAGGAGAGAGCGGGGGAGAGGGGGAGAGAGGGGGAGAGGCGGAGAGAGAGAGAAGAGGGGACGGGGAGCAGAAGCCACCGCUAGCCCCAGGAAGUGCAGAGGCGGUCUGGAAGAGAGUGUGAAGAAGAGAAGGCGUCAGUCCCGCAGCCCCAGUAUUGAAAUCCUCUAUGAAGGGAAGACUGUGAAUGCUGCUAGCCCUUUACGACCGCAACACAAACGCAAUGGCCGGAGGAAACAACGCCUCGACCGCACCCUCCAACACUCUCCCGUGGUCAUUACCAUAGACAGCGACAGCGACAACAAACAUACAGUCCAAACAACCACACUGGAAGAUGAUCGCGCCCUGGAUUUAUCUGACCGUGCUCUGACCGUGCCUGGUCUUCCACUUGGCGACCACAACCUGGACAUGGGGGUCGAUAUCAGUGAUUUACCGGUCGAUAUUCUCGACCGUUCUUUGACCGUUUCGGACCACAACUCGGACAUUGACCACAAUGAUGUAAUCGACCAUAAAACGGAUGUCGAUGACGACUGUGUAGUUGACGUUUCUAUAGACGUCAAGGACCGCGUUCUGAACACAAACACUGACGCAAAUGCGGUGGAUCGUACCCAGAACGCAGACGGUGGCGGUCUUGUUCGCCCCCAGGUCAACCACAGCUGUGACCCUGGGGGCGCAGCCUCCGACUCCCGUCUCCUAGCAACCAUCCUGCAGGACCUGGAACAUAUCACGCAGCCUAACCUGACCUUUACCCCCAACCUGAACCCAGACCCUAACCGCAUGCAGAAAGCCAGGCCGCCCAGAGAGACCACACCGACUCCUUGGUCCUCUGAGGGAGAGACUAACUUCAACACCAACAGCCCUGUUUCACCUACAGCGACCCACUCUACUAGUUCUGUAUCAUUCACAGACUACCACUCUGCUAGUCCUGUAUCGCCUAUAGGUCACUCUGCUAGUCCUGUAUCGCCUAUAGGUCACUCUGCUAGUCCUAUAGGUCACUCUGCUAGUCCUAUAUCGCCUAUAGGUCACCCUGCUAGUCCUAUAUCGCCUAUAGGUCACUCUGCUAGUCCUAUAUCACCUAUAGGUCACCCUGCUAGUCCUAUAUCGCCUAUAGGUCACCCUGCUAGUCCUAUAUCGCCUAUAGGUCACCCUGCUAGUCCUAUAUCGCCUAUAGGUCACCCUGCUAGUCCUAUAUCGCCUAUAGGUCACUCUGCUAGUCCUAUAUUGCCUAUAGGUCACUCUGCUAGUCCUAUAUCGCCUAUAGGUCACUCUGCUAGUCCUAUAGGUCACUCUGCUAGUCCUAUAGGUCACCCUGCUAGUCCUAUAGGUCACUCUUCUAGUCCUAUAGGUCACCCUGCUAGUCCUAUAGGUCACAACUCUAACUCUAGUGCAUUAUCACCCAUUGUCCACCCUUCUAACAGUCCUUUAUCAUCACCCAUAGCUGGCCCUGUAUCGGUAGAAACCCCCCACUUACCUUUUAGCCCAGGAUCAUCUAUAUCGCCCAGUCCUUUAUCAUCACCCAUAGCUGGCCCUGUAUCGGUAGAAAACCCCCCACUUACCUUUUAGCCCAGGAUCAUCUAUAUCGCCCAGUCCUUUAUCAUCACCCAUAGCUGGCCCUGUAUCGGUAGAAACCCCCCACUUACCUUUUAGCCCAGGAUCAUCUAUAUCGCCCAGUCCUUUAUCAUCACCCAUAGCUGGCCCUGUAUCGGUAGAAAACCCCCCACUUACCUUUUAGCCCAGGAUCAUCUAUAUCGCCCAGUCCUUUAUCAUCACCCAUAGCUGGCCCUGUAUCGGUAGAAACCCCCACUUACCUUUUAGCCCAGGAUCAUCUAUAUCGCCCAGUCCUUUAUCAUCACCCAUAGCUGGCCCUGUAUCGGUAGAAAACCCCCCACUUACCUUUUAGCCCAGGAUCAUCUAUAUCGGCCAGUCCUUUAUCAUCACCCAUAGCUGGCCCUGUAUCGGUAGAAACCCCCACUUACCUUUUAGCCCAGGAUCAUCUAUAUCGCCCAGUCCUUUAUCAUCACCCAUAGCUGGCCCUGUAUCGGUAGAAACCCCCACUUACCUUUUAGCCCAGGAUCAUCUAUAUCGCCCAGUCCUUUAUCAUCACCCAUAGCUGGCCCUGUAUCGGUAGAAAACCCCCCACUUACCUUUUAGCCCAGGAUCAUCUAUAUCGCCCAGUCCUUUAUCAUCACCCAUAGCUGGCCCUGUAUCGGUAGAAACCCCCCACUUACCUUUUAGCCCAGGAUCAUCUAUAUCGCCCAAUCAGGAGAGGCCUAUCCACGAACACGGUAUACAGCACUGACUGAUCACCUGGACACACGCACACAGGGACGCACGCACGCACGCACGCCACACACACACACACACACACACACACACACACACACACUUAAACUGUCAUACACACUUAAACUGUCAUACACACCGUUUGAAUAUGCUGAGUUUGUUUAACUGUUAUUUGAUCAAAACCUGUUGUCUUCUGCCAGAUGGACUCUUUAAUCUGUUGUCUUCUGCCAGAUGGACUCUUUAACGUGUUAUCUUCUGCCAGAUGGACUCUUUAAUCUGUUGUCUUCUGCCAGAUGGACUCUUUAAUCUGUUGUCUUCUGCCAGAUGGACUCUUUAGCCUGUUGUCUUCUGCCAGAUGGACUCUUUAACCUGUUGUCUUCUGCCAGAUGGACUCUUUAAUCUGUUGUCUUCUGCCAGAUGGACUCUUUAAUCUGUUGUCUUCUGCCAGAUGGACUCUUUAACCUGUUAUCUUCUGCCAGAUGGACUCUUUAACCUGUUGUCUUCUGCCAGAUGGACUCUUUAAUCUGUUGUCUUCUGCCAGAUGGACUCUUUAAUCUGUUGUCUUCUGCCAGAUGGACUCUUUAACCUGUUGUCUUCUGCCAGAUGGACUCUAAUGAAACUGUUAUCUUUCUGCAGAAAAAAAUAUAAAAAUAAAAUCACAUUUGAUGAUUAUCA